AGUUUCGCCCCUCACAAUAGACUUUCGGUGCGUUCCGGUACCAUGAUGUGAUCGAUUCCGUGACCUGAAGGGAGUUCGUAGCGGAGUCAGUUGUGACUGGUGAAUCUUGCUUUAUGCUUGUAGGCUUCCGUCGGUGAUCAGAUUAUACUAAUAUGGGUUCGGAUGUGAUGACGCUGCCUCCUUUUGGACAGGAGUUAAGAAAAGAGUUUUGUAUGAGGAAGGGGUCGAUGUUUCUUAACCACGGUUCGUUUGGAAUGGUACCGAGACGGGUGAAGGAUGUCCAAAAACUUUACAUUGACAAGAUGGAUGAUCACCCAGAUGACUGGUUCCGCCGGACUAACCUUGGUAAAUGGAAGGUCGGUAGAGACACUAUCGCCACAUUCGUCAACGCUGAGCCAGAGAAUGUUGUUCUGGUACAGAAUGCAACGACAGGGAUAAAUACCAUCCUAAAGUCGAUGAACCUUAAAGAGGGUGACGGUAUCCUAGCAACGGACAACACAUAUCAGGCAAUUCGAUACACAUGCGAACAUAUGAAGGCAUCAAAUAACGGAUCCCGUUACCAUAUGAUGGAUAUCAAGUAUCCUAUACAAUGUGUGGAGGACGUUGUGGAUCAGUACCGACAGUUCCUUUCCACUCACCCGCACAUACGGCUGGCAGUCAUAGAUCACAUCACAAGUCCCACCGCAGUUGUCAUGCCCAUUCAGAAAAUCAUUCAGGUGUGUCGAGACCACAACGUUUUGUGCAUGAUAGACGGUGCACAUGCGCCAGGACAGGUACCAAUAGACAUUACGGACCUGAAUCCUGAUUUUUACACAGGUAAUCUCCACAAGUGGGCCUAUACCCCGAGAGGGUGUGCCCUCUUGUACGUGAAGAAAGAACACCAGUCCUGGGUCCGCCCUCUAGUCACCUCAUGGUAUUAUUUGAAGGAGUUCACCAUGGAAUUCUUCAUGCAGGGAACACGUGACGAUUGUGCUUACAUCGCAGUGCCCGACGCUCUUAAGUUCUAUGAGGAUCUCGGAGGAAUGGCUGCAAUUACUGGAUACACCUCCUCCCUAUUGGACCACGUGACUGACCGGAUGGUGGCAGAAUGGGGGACGGACAAACUGCCCAUCCCCCGGGACAUGGAAGCGCCCUGUAUGAAAAUGAUCAGACUACCUAAGAUGGACCAAUAUGACGUGUCGACGGCCGAAGGGUACCGACUGAUGGAUGACCUGUUUUAUGAACAUGAUAUACAAGUACAGAUAUUUUGUGUUCUUGACAACCUGUACGUCCGUUUGUCUGCUAACGUCUACAACUACCCAGACGAGUAUAGUCUUUUCAUCAAUCUCAUCCGUGAUGUGGCACAAAACAAGCGACCAAUGUGUCUGAACAGGAAAUCGGAAAAGACUACAGGGGUUUCCGACAUGCCAUUCUCCGACAAAUAAACAACUGUCAUGGCGAUGUAAAUAAUAAAUAAAAAUCAUUAAAUAAAACAUUUAAUGCAGCU